AUUUGAAAGAAGCCAAGUAUCCAUAUAGUACACAAGGCGGAAAGAGUCUACUAUUUGUGGACACCUUCCUAUUUUUUGUUGUUUAUGUGUUUUGUUUUGGCACUCAACUUAGCUCAGCUACUACUUCCUUCUUCAUUUUUGGCCCUCACCACUGACUGAUUUUCUCUAUGGGGAACAAGUAUCUGUUGGUGGCUUGCUGUUUGUGGGCUUUGACAUGCUCGCUUCUUCCUUCUUUCUCCUAUGGACUUAUGCGGAUUGAUUUGAAGAAGAGAACUCUAGAUCUUGAAAGUAUUAAAGCUGCUAGAAUGGUGAGAGAGAGGCUAAAGUCAAGCAGACCCGUGUUGGGCGCAAAUGACCAGUAUACCGCUAAAUCAUCUGAUGAUGCCAUAGUGCCUUUGAAGAAUUAUUUGGAUGCACAAUAUUAUGGAGAGAUUGGAAUUGGCACACCUCCACAGACCUUUAAUGUCAUAUUUGAUACUGGUAGUUCCAACCUUUGGGUUCCAUCGUCGAAAUGCUAUUUUUCUCUUGCCUGCUACACCCAUCAUUGGUACAAGGCAAAGAAAUCCAAAACAUAUACCAAAAAUGGAACAUCAUGUAAAAUAGCAUAUGGAUCUGGAACAAUAUCUGGUUUUUUCAGUCAAGAUGAUGUUAAACUUGGUGAUGUUGUUGUCAAGGAUGUGGAUUUCAUUGAAGCUACCCGUGAAGGAAGUAUUUCCUUUGUGCUGGCAAAGUUUGAUGGACUACUUGGACUUGGGUUUCAGGAGAUCUCUGUUGAAAAUGCUGUGCCAGUAUGGUACGAAAUGGUGCAGCAAGAUCUAGUAAAUGAGCAGGUGUUCUCUUUUUGGCUUAAUGGGGAUCCAAAAGCGAAAAAGGGUGGUGAGCUAGUUCUUGGGGGUGUUGAUCCGGAUCACUUCAAAGGAAAACAUAUAUAUGUUCCAGUCACUCAAAAAGGUUAUUGGCAGUUCAAUAUGGGAGAUUUUUUCAUCGGAGGUCUUUCAACAGGUGUUUGCGAAAGUGGCUGUGCUGCUAUUGUGGAUUCAGGAACAUCAUUGCUUGCUGGUCCAACUACUGUUGUGACCGAAAUCAACCAUGCUAUUGGAGCUGAAGGAGUUCUGAGUGUAGAAUGUAAGGAAAUUGUUACUGAAUAUGGAGAGUUGAUAUGGGAUCUCUUGGUAGCCGGGGUAAGACCUGGUGAUGUAUGUUCACAAGUUGGUUUAUGUGUUUCCAAGAGGGAUCAAUCUAAGAGCAUGGGGAUUGAGAUGGUUACCGAAAAGGAACAGGGAGAGUUAUCUGCUAAAGAUACUGCUUUGUGCUCUUCCUGUCAGAUGCUUGUGAUUUGGAUCCAGAAUCAACUUAAACGAAAGUCAACUAAGGAUAGAAUAUUCAACUACGUAAAUCAACUAUGCGAGAGCUUGCCAAGUCCUAAUGGGGAGUCCAUAGUAGACUGUAAUAGCAUUUAUCAACUGCCAAAUAUUUCGUUUACUAUCGGAGAUAAAUCUUUCGUCCUCAGUCCAGAGCAGUAUAUUUUGAAAACCGGAGAAGGCAUUGCACAAGUCUGCCUCAGUGGGUUUAUUGCUUUCGACAUUCCUCCUCCACGGGGUCCUCUCUGGAUUCUUGGUGAUAUUUUCAUGAGGGUAUAUCACACUGUCUUCGACUAUGGAAAUCUGCAACUUGGUUUUGCUGAAGCUGCUUAGUGAGACUUCUGGUAGAUUAUUAUGUAUGAAUACUUUCUUAUGAGCUUGAUAGUGUGUACUGUAUAUAAGCUCCUAUGUAACUACUAUGUUUCAGGUUAACUUUAUGGAUUCAUAUAUAUUCAUAUACGUGAAACUAUCUGUGUUAAAGACA